AUGGGGCCACUCUCUCCACAUCCCGACCAAUCUCGGGACGCCGGUGCGAACGGCAUUCGCCUGCCACCACAGCAUGUGGAUGGCAUCGACACCCCGCAUACUGAUCUAUCAAGUGACAGCGAUCGGGAAAGCAUCGACACGGUCGUGAACCACAGCGGUUCGCUACGACGGACCCUAGCUUCGGCUCCGCUCAUCACCCGCCAUCAGCGAUUCCCCUCCGUUGACGAGGAUAUCAGUGACAACGACCAUAAUGAAGAAGGCCGUCAUGAUGGAGAGCCCGAAAAGCCAGUGACAUGGAAUUCAUUGCCAAAGAAAGGGCAACUCACCAUUCUAACCUUUGCGCGGUUGUCUGAACCUCUCACACAAACCUCGUUGCAAGCCUAUAUGUUUUACCAGCUUAAAUCUUUCGACCCUUCUCUGCCGGAUUCCACUAUUUCUGCCCAGGCUGGUAUCUUGCAGGGGAGCUUUACCGCUGCCCAAUUCUUGACUGCCAUCUUCUGGGGCAGGUUAGCAGAUGCUCCAUGGAUGGGUCGGAAGCGGGUCCUGCUUAUCGGCUUGUUGGGAACAUGUAUUUCAUGUCUCGGUUUUGGGUUCUCUCGGUCUUUCAUGGCUGCGGCAGUUUUCCGCACACUUGGGGGUGUUUUGAAUAGCAAUGUCGGUGUCAUGAGAACAUUAAUUGCCGAGAUUAUAGUGGAGAAAAAGUAUCAAUCACGAGCAUUUUUGUUGCUCCCCAUGUGCUUCAACAUUGGUGUCAUCAUUGGUCCAAUUCUUGGAGGAUCUCUAGCCGACCCAGUCAAUAGUUUCCCCUCGCUAUUUGGACCUGGCUCGGUGUUCGGCGGAAAAGAAGGCGUAUGGUGGAUGCAGCACUGGCCCUAUGCCCUACCAAACAUUCUCAGUGCUAUCUUUAUCUUCUUGUCCGUGAUCGCUGUAUUCCUCGGACUCGAUGAAACACACGAGACGGCCCAAUACAGAAGCGACUGGGGCCGAAAGCUUGGGAAGAGAAUAUCCCGCGCGCUGUCCCGACGACCUCGACACUAUCGACCCCUCACCCGCGCAGGCGACGACGACUCUCUGUAUAUGGAUGGCAGCGUCGGUACCUUGUCAGUACCAUCAAGCCCAGCCCGCUCACGCGCACCCCAACCUCGCCCCCACAAACGACCUGGAUUCAGACAGAUAUUCUCCCGCAACAUUCUUCUCACACUCCUAGCCCACUUCCUGCUCGCAUUCCACACAAGUGCUUUCAACGCGAUGACCUUUGUCUUUCUCCCGGCACCUCGCGCACCGGAAGAUUCUCGACAAGGCUUCUUCCAUUUCGGCGGUGGACUCGGACUCCCCUCUGCACGCGUUGGUCUAGCUACUGCUAUCAUAGGCUUUAUCGGCCUGCCUCUGCAGAUUUUGCUCUACCCUCACAUCCAGACAAAGCUGGGUACGCUCACCUCAUUCCGCAUUUUCCUUCCCUUCUCCCCCCUAUCUUACAUCCUGAUGCCUUUCCUCGUGAUCCUUCCUCGUAUUCCAUGGAUUGUCUGGCCCUCCUUCACGCUGGUUGUAUCGCUCCAAGUCAUCUCGCGCACGUUCGCGCUGCCGGCAGCCAUUAUCCUCGUCAACAAUUGCGUUACCGACCCGUCCAUCUUGGGAACUGUGCACGGUGUGGCGCAGAGCAUAUCCAGUGGCGCUCGCACGUUGGGCCCCCUACUUGGUGGAUGGGGCCUGGGUUUGGGUCUUGCGAACAAUAUGGUUGGAGGUGUCUGGUGGGCUUUGGCAGCUGAAUCUCUAAUUGGAUGGUUUGCUCUCUGGACAAUUUACGAGGGCAAGGGUAUUGAGCGGGCGAAGAAUCAGACUGAUGAUGAAGUUGAGGACUGA